AAGAAAUCAAUCAGGAAGAAUCACGUUCAGCUGCGGACAGUCUCCAUUUUACACCACAGUUUGAAACUUUUUUAUUGGCAAAAAAAUAACGUUUUAAAAUCCACAAUUAUGUGAAUAAAAGUCAGGACAACAUCUCAACACGUGAUAACAACACGUGAAUAAAGUCAUUUACAGAGAUGCUUGAAGGUUUGUUUGGGGUGAACUUAAUGAGUGUGCGGGUUAAUCACUGCGGUUGUCAUGGAGAUACAGUAUGAGGGGACUUUAGCUGACUCUGUCGUCUCUCGGCUUAAUGGACUUCACUGACAGCAUGUCGGAGGGAGAAAGGCGAACGACGGAGGCUGUGUUCACUCAGCUGCAGGGGAAUAUAUUCAUCGACUCAGGUUCCUCUGGGCCUGAAGAUAUUUUCGACGAGGACUGCUACUCUCCGUCCUCCCUGUCCUCCUCCUCCUCCUCCUCGGUCCCCACGGUGGCCUUUCUGCCGGGCAGGACCCUGUGCACGUCCUGCGGCCUGGAGAUAGAGGACCGGUACCUCCUCAAGGUCACACUCACUUUAAACUGCGUGCAAACUACAACUCUAAACGUGAACGACUUGUGCUGGCACGUGCGCUGCCUCUCAUGCAGUGUGUGUAAAACAUCUCUGGGGCGACACGUGAGCUGCUAUAUCAAGGAGAAACAAGUUUUCUGUAAACUCGACUACUUCAGGAGGUAUGGGACGCGCUGUGCCCGCUGUGGACGUAACAUCCAUUCCAGUGACUGGGUGCGUCGGGCCAGAGGAAGCACCUUCCACCUGGCCUGCUUCUCCUGCACCUCGUGUAAGCGCCAGCUUUCCACUGGGGAGGAAUGUGGGCUUCUAGAGAACAGGGUCUUCUGCAGACCCCACUAUGAAAUCAUGAUGGAGAGUAUCAAACGGGCGAAGGAAAACGAGCAACCAGGAGACGAGGAGGAGGUGGAAGACAAAGAAGAGUCCAGCACCACGCCCAGACCCGCCAAGAGGGCCAGGACCAGCUUCACUGUUGACCAGUUACAGGUAAUGCAAACUCAGUUUGCUAAAGAUAACAACCCAGACGCCCAAACUCUCCAGAAACUGGCAGAGAGGACCGGUCUGAGCCGCAGGGUUAUUCAGGUGUGGUUUCAGAACUGCAGAGCUCGUCAAAAGAAAUAUAUCAGCCCGCAUCCCGCCUCCUCAACCAUGAUGACAUCACUAGCUCCUGGUCAGCUGACACCACCUCGGAUGGAAGAUCUGCAAUACACAACCUUUAUUUCUCCAGAUACACCGCUGCUCACCACCCUGACUUACAUGGAUGUUCAGAAUCCAGACCCUCUCCUGCUUCAGCCACUCAUCUCUCAUUCAUUGACCCAGCUGCCCGUCAGCCACGCCUGAGCCCCGCCCACCUCAUGAAGACGUCCAACAUGUUGAUUUGCUGACGGGAGGAAAAAGAGCAAAUCAAAACUCUCCAUUGAAAGAAAUCAAAGGAUUGAAUGACUUGAAUUCACUUUAUUUCUAAGGGAAAUCAAAACACUUAAUUAAAACAACUUGUGUUUGUUUGAUGUUUAAGCAAUACAAAGAAUGUACUCUUUAAGUUACUGAAAUAAUUUCCUUCAAACGUGUGUAUAUGAGAUGAACCUGAGUUCUUAUCUAUGUUGUGUUUAUUUUGUCUUUAAUUUAUUUGGAGAAUUUAAAAGGAGAAGGCACUCUGUGGAAAAUAAUGUAAAAGUGAGUGAAGAUGUUGUUUUUAGUUUAUUUAAAGUUUAUGUUUUUGGGGUAACAGAAAUGUCGCUCUGGCUUCCUUACAGACACGAUCGGAUUACGUUUCUUGUGUUAAGUCAAAUCAAAAUCCACCACAGAUCAGACACCAGCGCCCACCACUCUCCACCGCCAGAGGCCAAGUCUGUCCUUCUUAAAACAUGCACACGUCUCAUUUCCCAGGAUGCCUUUCUGUAGAGUAUGUGUUUAGGAUGGAUUAAAAGAAAUGUAUAAAUGAGUUCCUUUUCUGGGAAUGUUGGAUGACACUUAGAGCCAUGCGUGAACUGCACACUGGGAAUAAAUGGUCUGUCACAUUAGAUGAUUGAAAUACUGGAGAUUAAAGUUCAUGGCUUCAGCACGAUG